AAAUUUGGCAGGUGAAAUUCGCUUGUGACUGCCACUCGUGACGGUGACAAGGCCGUGUCCUCCAUUCGGACUGCCUUUGUAUUGUGGUUCUCACCCACACACACAUCUGUUACCGCCAUAAUCUCUCAAGCGCUCCCCCAAGCAUAAAGGGACGUUCCCGCUCCUCCAUCCUAUUCCCCACCGAAUCCCCUCGGACGCAGGACGACACAACGCGGAGUGACGGCUGUGAUGGGCAAUUGUGGUUCGCAACCCGACCAGGCGGGCAAAGAGAAGAGCGAUGCGAUUGACCGCCAACUCGAUGAGGACAGUAAGAGGUUCAAGAAAGAGUGCAAGAUUCUACUCCUAGGCUCCGGCGAGUCCGGCAAAUCCACAAUCGUGAAACAAAUGAAGAUCAUCCACCAAGACGGAUUCAGUCGUGACGAGCUCCUCGCCUUCCGACCGACCAUCCACAAAAAUGUACUGGACUCAGUGCAGGCCGUCAUUCUCGCCAUGCGGAAGAUGGGUGUCGACCCCACACACUAUGGCAAUCGGGUACUGGCGGAUAAGAUCAUCGAUGCUGUGUCUGUGACCGAGACCCCCGACUUCUUGACUCCGGAGAUCGCAGACGCCAUCAGCCAGGUGUGGCAAGACCCCGUGAUCAUGAAGAUCCUCGACGAGCACCACAGCGAAUUCUAUCUCAUGGAUAGCGCUGUCUAUUUCUUCACGGAAGUGUUGCGCAUCGGGGCACCAGAUUACGUGCCCACAGAAGCUGACGUUCUACGAGCUCGAGCCAAGACGACAGGGAUCGUGGAAACACGUUUCAACAUGGGCGGACUAGCGAUACACAUGUUCGAUGUCGGGGGUCAGCGCUCAGAGAGGAAGAAAUGGAUCCAUUGUUUUGAAAGGCAAGUUUCCUUUCGUGCGCCCUUCCCUUCUCUCAUCGUGUUACACAGUGUAACGAGCAUUAUAUUUUGCACGGCGUUGAGCGAAUACGACCAAACGCUGUUGGAGGCCAAAGAUCAAAACAGGAUGAAGGAGUCUCUCCUGCUCUUUGACUCUGUGAUCAACUCUCGAUGGUUCCUACGAACAUCGAUCAUUCUAUUCCUCAACAAGAUAGAUGUGUUCAAGGCCAAGUUAGCCAAGGCACCUCUGAAUCGAUUAUUCCCCGAGUAUGUCGGUGGUGACGACAUCAACAACGCGGCACGGUUUAUUCUGUGGAGAUUCAUGCAAACGAAUCGUGCGCGGUUGAGUGUCUACCCGCAGUAUGUCAUAUUCUUGGGCCCUUUCGAGAUGGCAUUGACCCCUCUCCAGUUUAACGCAAGCGACGGAUACCUCGAACAUCCGUCUUGUAUUUGCUGCGGUCAAGGAAACGAUCUUGCAGAACGCGCUCAAAGACUCGGGCAUAUUGUGAGCCUGUGUCAAGUGUCUCGUUCUGUUUUACUACGCAUUUGUACCAUCAACCCACACCACUGCAUCGCUCAUGUCUAUCGCAUUGUCACUGCUUUUGCCUGAAUGGCCCUUCCAAUACUGAUAUGUUUCUACCUUAAUCUGCUACCAUUACAUAGAGCGGAUCUUGUUGGGCCGUUUUGUAACAUCUAUAGUUUGUAUUCACAUCAGAUUCUCUCUUUGGACUGAUUCUUUUAUCUGCCUCAGAAUGAUCUAUGAUCUAGUGUGA